AUGAAAGAGCUAAAGGACAUCUUACUUGAGAUCGGGAGAAACGACCUAAUCAGUUUGCUGAUCACAAAAGGUAUAGCACAAAAUUAGCUGAAGUCAAGUGUUACUCUGUCUGAGCCAUCAUUUGAGAGGACUUUACAUGGUACGUUUGGAGGUUGCCGUUUCUCCUCAGGCAUUUUGAUGCUGUUAGUUAGUGCACCUCGUUGGUGUUGUUUUUGCUUCUUAGGGACGCUCUUUGCCCACUGGAAAAUGACACAUCAGUCAAAGUCUAUAUUAAAUAGAUGUUGAAGAGCUUUAAAAAACUAUUUGAAGGAUUGUUAUGUUGGCUUAAUGACUAAGUCAUUAAUUAGCUAAAUGUCACAGCUGUUCAAAUUUAUAUGAGGGAGAAUUGUGAGUCUUGUAAAAUACUGCAUAGAAGUUCUGCUUAUAUGAUUGUAACAUGUCUUUAUUUUAACAUAUAUAGAAAUGAUCCUCGCAGUUAUGAACACUACUGAAUUAGUAGUUGAAAUAAGGCCUGCGUUACGGCCCCAUUUAUGGAGAGUUAACUAAGAAUGAUCUGUGGCUACCUUUACUUUAGACGAUAUCAUAACCCCCGGAUCGAAACUCUUAGAAAGGUUGGUGCUCGAACUUAAUCGAGAGGAGAAUCCCGAAGUCAAAAAUUGGACACAUCUGGCCUGGAAAAUGAAAAUAUUAGCUGACGUGCGUGGAGCGUUUGCUGAUGUCAAACAAAUCAGGAAAAGUCCUACAAAAGAGGUUGUAGAAUGGUUGGCCGCGCAUUCCCCUGAAAAAGCAUUAAGAGACGUUGCAACAGCACUAGAUGAGAUUCAGAGAAACGACGCUCUACAGAUAGUAUCUAAGCAUUUUUCAGACACAUUUGGUAAGUAUUCGCUGAUAUAA